AUGUCCGGCUCCCUGGAAGAGUUGCCCAGCUUUGUAGGGGAGAAGGCGGAUGAGGAGAGCCUGAAGAAGCUCAUGGAAGGCCUGGAUGACGACAGCGACCAGGAGGUACUUCCGGGAGUAUGUAUUUUUCUGGCCCCGAUCACUGUUACGUGCAAUGACUUCUUCCAGGGCUCCCCGGACCGGCCCUGCAGCAGAGCUCUCGGCUCCCUGCCAUGGGUCUCUUGGGCCCAGGAGGGCUUCCUAUUUUUUUAGUUUUGUGCUCAACAAACUUUUUUGU